AUGGCAGACCUGUGGAGUUCGACCCGGCUCAUCUACCGCGGCGUGGACAACGAAGACGAAGCCUUCCUCGCCGACCUCUCAGCAGACGCAGAAGCCUUUUUGAACGUUGCGCCGCUGCUUCCUGUCCCUCGCAGCAAGAAGGCCAUCCAAGAGUACCGCGAAUAUCUCCAAGAGCCCGUGUUCCUGCUCUCGGCGAUUGUCUGUCUGCCACCGCCGCCGUCUGCCAGCAGCCAGGCCGACACGGCCGAAGACAAGGCCAAAGAGAAACCAAAACCAACACCCGUCGGUGUCAUCACGCUGCGGGGAGAACCUCCGAGAACCUCCCACCAUCGACACUGCGACAUCGGAAUCAACCUCCUCCGCGCCUACCAAGGCCAAGGCUACGGCACCGAAGCGAUCCAAUGGUCCUUACGAUGGGGGUUCAAACGAGCGAAUCUUCAUCGCAUGAGCAUAGGCGCUUUUGCAUGGAAUCAAGGUGCGAUUCGGUUGUAUGAGAAGUUGGGCUUCGUGCAUGAGGGGGUCAGGAGGGACUUCUUUUGGCACGAUGGGAGGUAUCAGGAUGCUGUGGACUUGGCGAUGCUCGAGGAUGAAUGGAGAACGUUGUAUGAUCAUCCACAAGACUGA